AGAAAGUAUAGGUAGAAACGUACUAGGUACUGUUUGGAUUAGGUUAAUGUACAACAUACGAAAGGUGAAGUUUGUUUUGACAAUUAUUGUAAGACUGAAAUGUCACUCCUAAAAAUCAAUCAAAUGUGAAUUGUUUAAAAGAUUUAUCAGUGAAAAAUGAGUGCGAAACCUUCGGUGUACCAAGGAAGCCAAAUAUUUGCUGGUCUUACUGAAUAUACAGGGUUGAGAACAGAUCAACUUAAUUUUAUUAUCAGUCAAUUUGGCGCUUUGAUUUUGUCCACGUUAUACAGAACCGCGUUACACCCUAGUAAGACAAGAACCGAAAUUAGACAUGUAUUUGGACUGGGAGUUGGUAUUAUUAUGGGUUAUUUCUGCUUCGGAUAUCAAGCUAUUCAUUUGGCGGGUUUACCGGGAAUUUGUUAUAUGAUUAUGACGACGCAAAAUCCUCGUGUAAUGCAUGGAAUGGUACUCACUGUGGCCUUAAUUUACUUAUCUUUCAUCCAUUUAUAUCGACAGUUAUUCGAUUACAGUUCAAUCGGUUUGGAUAUAAGCGGCCCUUUGAUGGUCAUUACUCAAAAAGUGACCUCAUUGGCGUUCAGUCUCCACGACGGACUUACUAAAAAAGAAGAGGAAAUGACGCACACUCAAAAAUACUACGCCGUUCACAAGACUCCGAAUUUCUUGGAAUAUUUUAGUUAUUCGUUGUUAUUUCCUUCUUUGAUGGCUGGACCUGUGAUAUUCUAUAACGAUUAUAUAGAUUUCGUCGAAGGAAAUAAUUACGUCAAAGCACAAAGUGAUACGAGAAAUUCUCAAGUGAUAUACGAACCGAGCCCCGUUAAAGCCGUUGUAAAAAAAGUAGUGACCGCUCUAUUUUGCGCUUAUAUUUUCGUCAAGUUCUUACCGAGAUUUCCUAUCGGUAGAGUCAAAGAUGGAAAUUUCGUAGAAAACUCAACAGUCGGUCAUUUAUUUUGGUACUUGACUGUCAGUUUGCUUUUAGUUCGAUGUAAAUAUUAUUUUGCGUGGACUAUGGCUGAUGGUAUAUGUAACAACAGCGGUAUAGGUUUUUCCGGUUAUAACGAAAACGGUGCGUCCAAAUGGAAUAAAUACUCCAACGUGGACAUCUUCCAAUUCGAAUUCGGUACUAGUCUCAAACAAAGCAUCGAAGCUUGGAAUAAAGGUACCAAUAUUUGGUUGAGGAUGAUGGUAUAUGAAAGAACGACGAAGUAUUCUACUCUGUUAACUUAUAUAUUGUCAGCUAUUUGGCACGGAUUUUAUCCGGGAUAUUAUUUGACGUUCCUUAGCGGUGCUCUUUUUACUUUUGCUUCGAGAACCGUACGACGACACGUCAGGAAUUAUUUCCUGGGAAAUACGGAAUCGAAAUUAUUAUACGACGUCAUGACGUUCGCGGUGACUCGUUUCGUCUUGGGAUACAUUACGUUUCCUUUCGUGAUUUUGGAAUUUUCGUCGUCAAUUAUGUUGUAUAACAAAAUGUAUUGGUGUCUACACAUCGGGGCCGUAAUCGUGUAUUUGUUUCUUCCAAAAUUCGUGCCUAAAUCUGAAAUCAGAGAGCUUUCAUCGAAGAGCGGGAUCGCUUUGGCUUUAAAACAAGCGGGACCAUAUUCCAAGUAAUGACUGAACGUACUUCCCAAAGAGUAUAUAUAUAUAUAUUUUGUACGCACAUUUUCUCAAAUAUGAUACGACUGAUUUUUUUUUAUAAACUGGCUCUCGAGUACUGA